AUGUCAUGCUCGUCACAUACGAUUCCAUUCAAGAAAUGGCGACUCCAAGUCCUCACGAACAGCGAUAACAACAACGAAAACCAAGACAGUUCCUCUUUUGAGAAAAUAACAAAUAAAUCUCUUGUUGCAAAACGACCAUCAGACUCACUCCCGAAAUCCCCUCUCUUCCAACUCGCGCAAACACACCAAACCGGCAAUCGACUCCGAAAACCUCAAGGAACAAAAGCCGACGAUGCUCGACUCGAAAAUAAUCCAUGGGCGGUGGCGCUUGCUUCACCCUUGCGACAAUGCACAGCGACAGCAAUGCGCUUACCAAAAGCAUUCUUAACGGACAUGAGUCUCGUUCGACGAAUUGACGAAUCUACAACAGGGAAAGAGCGAAAGGCUAGUUUAUGGUGGAUGCCCACGGAAUUACUGAAGGAUAAACUAUCUGCGCCGUCCACAUCGUCUGGGAGGAAACCUCCCGUAAUGCGACUGCUUACUCGAGCUCUGCUCGUAGAGUUUUUACCUAAUGCGAUACGGAGAGGGGGCUACAGAAAAGUGCAAGCGUUUCAAUUAGUGCCCUCAGACUGGAAGUUGAACUUGAAAAAGUCGGAAUAUGUUGAAAUUAGCAAGGUGGAUUGGCCUGAGGGGUUGUCGGAUUUGAUACUGAAGUAUCUGGAUCAGAAGAUCGUUAAGAGUCUGAAGGAAGCUUAUCGAUAUGAACAGAUCAAGCGCGAGAAAGCGGAUCAAUGGCGGGUUUUGCAAAUAUCAUCUGAUCUUUCGGUUUCUAGCUUGAUUGAAAGCUUACGACAUGUUGAAAUGAAGGAUAUGGGAACUGGAGCUGUAGUCAUCCUAGGAGACUCAGGGUCAGAAACGAUUAAAGGCGAUCCUUUUGCAUCGAAGUUUCCGGAUUAUCUCACUCUUCCUCAGACACAGUCUAUGGUGCCAGUAUUUGAUCUAAGUUCACUCUUAUCAGUCUCUGGCCGUCAAGCACUUCGAGAAUCAAUCCCGCGCUUUAACGAGAAAGCACUCUUUUUUCGUGCGGAUGGUCCAAAGUCGGUGGACGCCAUGUUGGCUUUGUGGGAGUUAAAGGGCUACGUGAUGCACGAUACUGAUUACGUUCCAGACCUGAGGGAUCACAACGAUGCCGACGAAGAAUAG